CAUUUAAACCUUUUGGGCAGUGAUUUCAUCCGUUGAAGGAAAAUUCAGCGACCAAACAAAACAAAAAUAAUAAAAUUAAAAAUACAGAAAAAAGAAUUUCUUCAAAACAAAACCAAAAUUUUUCGAUUCAAUGGCUGCAACAUCAACAGCUUACCUGGGAAAUGUGGAGCGUAGGUUGUUCACCUCCAAGCCUCGACUUCGCCGCCGCUUCUUUCCCUCCAAUGGUACACCCAAAUUUCUCGCCAUGGCACCCAAAAAGAAGGUGAACAAGUAUGAUCCGACCUGGAAAAAGCAAUGGUUCGGCGCAGGGUUAUUCGCGGAGGGGAGCGAGGAGGUGGAGGUGGACGUGUUCAAGAAGCUGGAGAAACGUAAGGUGCUGAGCACGGUGGAGAAGGCGGGGUUGCUUUCCAAGGCGGAGGAGCUCGGCUUCACUCUCUCCUCCAUCGAGAAGCUCGGGGUUUUCUCCAAGGCGGAGGAGCUCGGCCUACUCAGCUUGCUUGAGAAGUCCGCCAGCUUCUCCCCCUCUGCCUUGGCCUCCACCGCCCUCCCCAUUCUCGUCGCCGCCAUUCUCGCCAUAGUGUUGAUACCCGACGACUCCGCUGCCCUUGUGGCGGUGCAGGCGGUUUUGGCCGGAGCGCUUGGGGUGGGUGCUGUGGGGUUGCUUCUCGGCUCUGUGGUUUUGGAUGGUUUGCAAGAAGCGGAUUGAAUUGAAAAUGUAUGUAUAUCUAAACCAAAUUAUUGUACGUGUAGCCUAAAUGUGGAUAGUAAUGAAUUAUUGCUCCUAGCUUUUGAGCAUUUGCUAUUAUGGUACACUAAUGCAUUUUUUUUAAAAAAAACAUAAUACAUUCUGUCA